AAGACGCAGGGUCUCUUUCUUUGGCUGGCGAUCCCGAUUACAGGAGAGAAAGAGCGCCGAUCGGCUUAGCUCUGACAUAGAUUCACAGAUCAUUUCUUACACUUAAUAAAGUGUUUUUGAAGAGUACUUUCUGGAUUCUCCGACUGCUUCAUCAGGGCCUCUCGACAAAAAGAUUCGUCGUAACAGUUGCCACUUUGACACAUCAACCAAAACAAUGAUGUUCCUGAAGCUCAGUCUGCUCACCUUUCUUAUUGUGGCCCCUGGCUUGCUCGUUUCUGCAGAAAAUGCAAUCACCUGUUAUGGGAACGUCCAGCGUCUUGGUUGUGACAGCGGAGUGAUAAGUACUGAGACUGCUAAUUAUGGCCGCACAACUGAAAGCAUCUGUAAUUCAAGCCGGCCUGCUGAACAGAUCGUCAACACCAACUGUCUCUCUUCAGCAACAAGUGCAAUUGCUAAAAGAUGCAAUGGGCUGAAAGAUUGUGAGUUUAAUACAGACUCUCUGAACCUUGCUGACCCAUGUGUAGGAACUUACAAGUAUUUCAACACCACUUACACCUGCGUCAGCAUCCGAACCAAGGUGAUCUGUGAGGACAGCCACAGUGAACUGAAUUGUAGAACUAGUAAAAUUUUUGUUCUCAAUGCUAUGUAUGGACGCACUGACACUACAACGUGUAUCAGUGGAAGGCCCAGCUCUGAAACCAACAACCCCAACUGUAACUUUAACACACGUGACAAAGUUUCUCAAUUGUGUAAUGGACAAAACAAAUGCUGUCUGUUCGCUUCAAACACCAUUUUUACAGAUCCUUGCUUUGGGACUCUAAAGUACCUGUCUGUUUAUUAUACCUGCAUUUUUGAAGAGUACUUUCUGGAUUCUCCGACUGCUUCAUCAGGGCCUCUCGACAAAAAGAUUCGUCGUAACAGUUGCCACUUUGACACAUCAACCAAAACAAUGAUGUUCCUGAAGCUCAGUCUGCUCACCUUUCUUAUUGUGGCCCCUGGCUUGCUCGUUUCUGCAGAAAAUGCAAUCACCUGUUAUGGGAACGUCCAGCGUCUUGGUUGUGACAGCGGAGUGAUAAGUACUGAGACUGCUAAUUAUGGCCGCACAACUGAAAGCAUCUGUAAUUCAAGCCGGCCUGCUGAACAGAUCGUCAACACCAACUGUCUCUCUUCAGCAACAAGUGCAAUUGCUAAAAGAUGCAAUGGGCUGAAAGAUUGUGAGUUUAAUACAGACUCUCUGAACCUUGCUGACCCAUGUGUAGGAACUUACAAGUAUUUCAACACCACUUACACCUGCGUCAGCAUCCGAACCAAGGUGAUCUGUGAGGACAGCCACAGUGAACUGAAUUGUAGAACUAGUAAAAUUUUUGUUCUCAAUGCUAUGUAUGGACGCACUGACACUACAACGUGUAUCAGUGGAAGGCCCAGCUCUGAAACCAACAACCCCAACUGUAACUUUAACACACGUGACAAAGUUUCUCAAUUGUGUAAUGGACAAAACAAAUGCUGUCUGUUCGCUUCAAACACCAUUUUUACAGAUCCUUGCUUUGGGACUCUAAAGUACCUGUCUGUUUAUUAUACCUGCAUUUAAUAACUAACUCAAGACAUUCCAGCUUUAUCCACAGUGUCUUCUCUUCAGUAUGUAGAGAGAGUAAACUACAUAUGAAAUAAUCAGCCCUGUGGAUGAUGAGAGCAUGAGCUUUAGCAUUACUCUACUUAUUACUUGCAUGCUGGUGUAAUGAUUGUGCUUAGUAGCUCUUUACGUAUAAUUACUUUCUCUAAAAAUAAAAUUUUUUAUGAAUGACUGCAAAUACAA